AUGAUUGCUGGAGUCACAACCACCGGCGACCUGACGUCAGCACCUCCAAACAAAACAACCCAAAAAAAAAACUCAAUUCAUCGACAUUGCGGAAAGCCUGCUGGGUCCCGGCCGGAAUUCUCCCCGCCGGCGCUGGUGGCAGGAAGAGGGGCGGAUCAGAGCCGCCAGACCCCCCUUCGCAGCACCCAAUCGCGCGAGGGAAUUCCCGACGGCGGACCGCCUCAUACUCAGUCCGCCGGAGCCGCCGCACGUCGCCGCUUUCGAUCCGCCGGAAACCCCACCGCCGGAGACGCCCUUGUGCAGGCUGCACCGGAAUGA